ACCUGUAUCAGGCUCGAAGCGAAAGCGUAAGCAAACGGUGGAAGAAAAGUCAAAGAAAGCAUCGGCAAAAAAGGAUCGCUUACAAGACCAUCAUGAUCCAAUCAGCCGCGUGUGUCAAAGCUGCUCCAAACUCCGCCCAGAUUUCUUGCGCGAAAAUCCACACUCAUCAAAUCGAAAGAAAAUCUGCCCAUUCCACAAGCCAUCCAAGAAGGAACGAAACCGGGAAAUUCUCGGUGCUCAACUCGAGCAGUUCACUAGAAAAUGUCGCCUCUCCACUUUGAUCAAGCUUCCUACGGAGAAAAAGCAGCAGCUGAUCGACCAAAUCGAGCAUAUUGUGGACUUUAACAGAGAGUUGAUGCUCAAAGCAACUCUUUUUACGUUGUAUUAUCUGCAUCACAAGUUCCUUACCGACGAUCCUCUGUCGCCCAUGGUUUUUCAUCAAACAUUCUUCUACUCCGUCUUCCAGCUUUUAUUAAACCGGGAGAUCAGCUCUAAGAACCGGUAUUUUCCAAAAGAAGGGCUCGUUCAAGCUUAUCAACAAUACCUUCAAGAAUUCCCGACAGGCGGACGACCGAUCGCAUCAGAUGCGUCAAUGGAAGCCAAGAUACUUUCAAUUACAGCAAAAAGCAUGGCCGUAACUUUUGCAAACAACCUCGUCGAGAACUUCGAGUCACGUUACAUUGAAUAUCUGACACUGCGAUUUCGAGAACUAUUGCCGGGCUUACCAAAGAAACAGUGGUCCAAGUUGGCUCGCCAUAGCUAUGAUUCCUUUGCUGCAGAAACAGAUGUACAGUGCCAAAGGCGGGCAUUCCUCCAGAGCUCCAUCAGAGAGUAGACACAGCCGCUGUACAGAUCUCAGAAGUAGUCGAUCACGAUUUACACGACUACCAUCAGCAGUUAACAUUGGCAAGCAUCACUCGGAACCCUCAGCACUUCAUGAGAAUCCU